AUGUUUCUGCUGAUGAUGCUGGUCUUUUACCUAGUGUGCAAACUAUGCACAGCGAAGCAUGAGGUGACCGAAGCCCUUCAGAUUCCACAUGAGUGGUACCAACCAGGAGAAAUCCUCAUUGGUGGGAUUGUGUCUUUGGUCACUUUUAAUUUCCCCAUUCUUUCCUUUGAAAAAAAUCCUUCUAAGAUACCAAGAAACCCUCUACAGUUCACACCCAAGUUCUACCAGCACAUCCUUGCCUUGGUAUUUGCGGUGAAUAAGAUCAAUGAGAAUCCCAAGAUCUUGCCCAAUGUAACUCUUGGGUUCCACAUCUAUGACAGCUGUUUUGAUUCACGGAUGGCCUACCGAACCACUUUGGAUCAGCUUUUCAAAGUGCACAAGUUUCUUCCAAACUAUAAAUGUAGCAUGUCUGAAAAUCUAGUUGGAGUCAUUGGGGGACUCAGUCCAGAUACCUCCUCCCGAAUGGCUGACAUCUUAACUGUUUACAAGACUCCACAGCUUCACUCGUUUCUUCAGAGAAUCUCAUUCAACAGUAGUGCUGGAGACAACAUGCGGUUCAAUAACCACGAAGAACUAGCAGGUGGAUUUGAUAUCACUAACCUGGUUACAUUUCCAAAUGACUCCUACAUCAGAAUGAAGAUUGGGAGACUGGAUCCUAGGGCCCCUGCAGACCAAGCAUUCAUAAUUCAUGGAGAAAAAAUAGAAUGGAAUAGAGAUCUGAUCCAGAUUCCUCCCCUCUCACAAUGCAAUGACAACUGCCAUCCUGGUUUUAUCAAGAAAACAAAGGAAGGGAAACCUUUUUGCUGCUAUGAUUGUAUUCCAUGUCCAGAAGGCACAGUCUCCAACCACGAAGAUAUGGAUACAUGUAUCACCUGCCAAGAAGAUCGCUAUCCAAAUGAAGCCCAGGAUCAAUGCAUCCCCAAGGUUGCCAACUUCCUAUCUUUUGAAGAACCUGUUGGCAUAGCUUUAAUCUCCUUGUCUCUUUUCUUUUCUCUAAUGACAGUGCUGGUGCUCACAACCUUCAUUAAAUAUCGGGAUACUCCCCUCGUCAAAGCCAACAACUGCAACCUCACUUACAUUCUCCUCGUUGCUCUCCUUAUCUGCUUCCUUUCCUCUUUGCUCUUCAUUGGACGACCUAACAAGGUGACCUGCCUCUUCCGGCAAACGACUUUUGGCAUCAUCUUUACAGUUGCUGUGUCUUCCGUGCUAGCCAAAACUGUCACAGUGGUAGUAGCAUUCAUGGCCUCCCAGCCAGGGAAUAUUUUCCUAAAAUGGGUGGGGAAAAGACUUCCAUAUUCCAUGGUCAUGUCCUGCUCCCUUCUCCAAGUAGUCAUUUGUGCUGCUUGGCUCGGAACAUCUCCACCAUUCCCAGAUUUUGACAUGCACUCAAGGACUGGUGAAAUCACAGUAGAAUGUAACGAAGGGUCAAUAACCAUGUUUUAUUGUGUCUUGGGAUACAUGGGAUUUCUAGCCACCAUCAGCUUCAUUGUGGCUUUUCUAGCUAGGAAGUUACCUGAUAGCUUUAACGAAACCAAAUUCAUCACCUUCAGCAUGUUGGUCUUCUGCAGUGUCUGGCUCUCCUUUGUGCCAACUUAUCUUAGCACAAGAGGAAAAGACAUGGUGACUGUGGAGGUCUUCUCGAUCUUAGCCUCCAGUGCUGGGUUACUGGGCUUCAUCUUUUUGCCCAAGUGCUAUGUAAUCUUACUGCAGCCAGAUCUGAACAUCAAAGAACAGCUAACAAGAAGAAGGCAUUGA